AUGGAUAAUGCAUCGUCAUCAUCAUCACAACCCACUGAGAAUAGUCUCAUUGAAGAGAGAGAAGAAGUUAUGCUGACUGAUAAAGGUCCCACCUUGAGAAAAACCCAUUUCUUAAAACCCUUUGUCACCUCCAUCGAUUGCUCCGGUGUAGCGGAGCUUCCUCACCAACGUCUCUCUGUUUCAUCUACGGAACUAAAUCGCUUGUCUAAGCGAAAUUCCUUCUCUGGGUUUUGGGUUGCAGAGCGUCAUUUUGUAUCUUGGCUCGGAAAAAUGGAAGCUUUACACGGACCCAUUUGGAGAAAAGCUGGGAUCUUUGAAGCAAUCAAGGCAUCGACUUACAGUAUCAACAAGAACUUGUCUCUAAUUUUCUCUGUUGCUGAGAAAUGGUGUCCCAAAACCAAAUCUUUCGUGUUCCCUUGGGGCGAAGCAACGAUAACGUUAGAGGAUGUUACGGUGCUUUUAGGGUUUUCCGUUUUGGGGUCUUCUGCUUUUGCUCCUCUUGAAAUGUCGGAGAUGAGAAAUUCCGUGGAGAAACUGGAGAAAGAGUGGAAAAGGAUGAUGAAUGUAGCCAGCAAAGGUAGUGGAGUGACACAACCAUCAUGGAUUACGAGUUUCUUGGGUAGAGGUGAUGAUACGGAGCAUGAAGCUUUCCUUGUCUUGUGGCUGUCGUUCUUCGUUUUUCCUUAUCGAUCUCGUCGUUUUGUUUCCAGAGAUGUAAUCUCAAUAGCUGUUCGUUUAGCUAGAGGUGAAAGGAUCGCUCUUGCCCCUGCUGUUCUCGCUAGUGUAUACAGAGAUUUGGAUCGAAUCAGUGGUUUGGGUGGAGAGAAAAGUGAUAAGAAAGUUACUCUCAGGUCUCUGUUUAAGCUAGUCCAAGUGUGGACAUGGGAGAGGUUCAAGAAGACGAGACCAAACGCAAGAGAGAUACCAAAAGGCGAGCCAAGAAUAGCUCAGUGGGACAGUCUACAACAAAGGUCCAAUCUGAGAUUCAGUUUUGAUGCAGAGGAUUUCGAUUGGCGUCCUUACACUAAACCUUUGAAGAACUGGAACCCGCUUCGGUUCUAUGUUGAGGAAGCUAUGUGGGUGACUGUUGAUGACAGUACUGAUGAUGAGUUUGCUAGUUUUGCCCGGUUUGUGACGGCUUCUCAGCUUGCAGGAGAUGGCUUUGUUGAGGAUUACUAUCCUAAUAGAGUGGCGAUGCAGUUCGGCUUGGCUCAAGAUGUUCCUGGUUCGGCUUCUCAUCAUCACAGAAGCUUCACAGUAAAGGAGGCUUGGGAUAGUUACAACCGGUCUCUUGUUGGUGUAAAGCUCUACAUGCCUUCUCGCCUUGACCGACGUUGUGUUACUGAAAGAUACAGAGACUGGUGGGUGAAACCGGUUUCAGAGUUUCUUGGUUCCGUAAAGAUGGAGAAAGAAUCAACUGAGACUUUUGAUGCAAGGAAGACAUUUGACGAUAGUGAUGAUGAUGAUGAUGAAGAUCUUAAUGCAUCUACAAAGGUAAUGCCUUUGUGUGAAGUGGUUCAGAAGUUGGAGGAAGGGUUUCUUGCAAAACGCAAGAGAUCUAGUAAGAUCAACAGUCUUGUGUCCUCGGGUUGGAGAAGCAGUUACCAAUCUGUGCAGAUGAAGCGAGGUCGUGAGGAGGAUGGUGAGAGUUCUACGGAUGAUGAAGAUGAUAACAUGACCGUUGCUGAAAGGAUGAGAUCUAGGAAGAAGUAUUGCGAGGCAGAGGAAAGUAGAGGAGAUGCUUCUAUAUCACUUGGAAAAAGAAGAAGAAAGUUUCAGGUUGUGGAUAGUGAUGAUGAUGAUGAUGAUUCACGGCCUUGUCAGAAGCUUGCUUCAGGAAACAUAGAGCAAAAGAGUGAUGAAACGGCAAGCAAAGCAGAAAAGACAAGGACAGUUUGUGAUGAUGUAAAUGGGAACACGGAAGAGAAGGAGAGUGUGAUCGAUGAUGGAACCAAGGAAUCAGAGUUUUGGCUCCGUGAAGAUGGAGAAAAGCAGAGAUGCAGGGAAGUAAAGAAAGAAGAAGGUAUUGAUGAAAGUUUUGAACAGAGCAAGCUUGUAGCAAGAGACAUAGAGUUGAAGCUGGAGGAACGUAUUUUGAAAGUGAAGAAGACUUUGGCAAUGAUCAGAGAAUGGAAAACGAGAGGAGCCAAGAUCAAAGUCGAAGUUUCUCCUUAG